AUGAAGGAGGAAAGUCCGAGGGAAACGCCCGAGGACUCACGCGACGAUAGUCAACUGUCUAAUUCUAAGCUAUCAGCGAAUCAAGCCUUCAAAGAUCGGAAAUGCCAGUACUGUGAUCAAGCCUUCACAUCCUCCUCAUUAGGCCGCCACCUUGACCAAUUCCUUUUCAAGAAGAAGCCCGACGGUAUUCACGAUGUGGAGGAGAUCCGGCGAGUUCGUAGUGGAAUCACCCGUCGCCAGGCCCGCACUACCUCCGGUAAGCGCGAUAGUACUCCUGAUCGUGCUCAGACAAAGGGACCCUCUCCAACUAGAGACGCGGGUACAAAGACGCGGGAAGCUCCAGUGCGCAUGAUGUUCAACACACCGACAUGGCAUGCAACUGGUGUUAUCAACGAUAUACCCAACCCGAGUCGGGUGGUAGAUGGACCUCGACUUGCGCCUGCACCUCCCCGAUCAGGUUCCAUGCAAUUACCCGAAUUUGCCAGUCGAGGUGCUAAUUCUAAUAGCCCUGACACUAUGAAGGCUCUGGAACUGGCUUUGCGCGAGGUGCUGGACAACAUCAAAGCUGCAACUUCCCGCUUUCGACCUCGAAUAUCACCCUUCGACUUCGAUAUUCAAUCCCAGACCUUUCCUUCCCUUUGCCUCCAACUCUUACCUCCUCCUCCCAGUCUCUUCUCCAUUCAUCCAUUUCCAUCACCCAAUUCAUUCUCGCUCCAGCCUCCUGGGUUAGAGCACCUUGAUAUUGUUCGCCAGGCGUUGCGCUCGAAAAUAAACCAAUGGCAGUCCGAUCAGCUCUCGGGUGAUUCUACCUCUCAAAAGAGACACAUGGGCGCCAAUGUCGACCAGAGUAUGAUUUUCCGAACUGCACAACAACAUGAAGAAAUAGGUCUUCGCCACCUAGAAUUGGCCUUCAGUCAUUGGAACAAUCUCCCUCAUGAAAAUCGUCGCGAAGCAUGGCAACUAGAAAUCACGCGUGCAUUCGCCCGCGAAGUCGAGAAACGCAAAGAGGUAGACGAGCAGCUUGCUCGAGUGCAGCAAGAAGCAAAUCAACUUCGCGCACAGGUUGAGCUUCUUGGCUCAUGCCAGUGGCCGCGUGAGUUUGCCCUAUUUCCUCCAGACACGCUGCCCAUCUCCCGCAAUGUUUCACGGGAGCUGGAUGCAAGGAGCAGCCAAAUCAGUUCCGACUCUGCUCGGUGGGAUUACGAUAAUUUAAUUGCAAAGUGGAAGCGUGUCGUCAUGCACGACAAAAGUAUGGGACGGAUCGGCGUGGGAUAUGCAAGUGGGAGCCCACUAUUGGAAACUGAGAACCAGCAGCGACAAAGCCCCGAUAUUCGCCCUCCGCGUCCGGGUGAGGAUACAUCUAACCACCCAAACCGCUUGCGGCCUUUGCAAUCCACUGCUGCGAUGAGUCCCGAUGUUAUGACUGCGACCACCACCACGCCUAAUUCAUCGACCCAUUACGCCUCACCAUAUUCGCAUAACGAUCCCCGCAGUCCCCCAGGCGGAGAUAACGGGGCCCCACAAGCUAAACGUCCUCGCUUGAUGAAUGGAUCGGAUGGUCUGCAGGCUGCGGCGUCUGUUGAUCCUACGUCUUCUACAAGCAAACCAUCCGCUCCCUGGCCUUCUUCCACUACUAUGCUCUCAAACUUCCCUCCCCCGUCGGGGUUGCCCCCGCCUUCCACUUCUAGAAGUUGA